AUGGCAGCGACGAGUGUUGUCGUUCUCGAUAGAGGCAACAAUACAACUUGUACCGUAAAUCUUUUCGGUGCUACAGUAGUAUCAUGGAGAGUGAACAAUCAAGAACAGUUAUUUGUAAGUAAACAGGCCGUGUUUGAUGGCAAGAGGGCGAUACGAGGUGGAAUACCGUUUGUUUUCCCUCAAUUCGGUCAAUGGGCGUUCGGUCCGCAGCACGGGUUCGCCCGGAUAGCUCGCUGGCACGUCGAGAAAAUGCCGGAGCGACUGCCCAGCGGCGACGUCGAAGCUGUCUUCAGCCUCAUGGAUGACGAUUUUACUAGGUCCAUGUGGCAUUUCCAGUUCAGACUGACAUACAGACUGAUCCUCCGCGAGAAGGAGCUGCACUUCAACAUCGGCGUGUACAACCCCAGCAAGGAGCUCACCUUCAGCUGCCAGAUGUUGCUCCACACCUACUUCAAGGUGCCCGACGUCAGGCGUUGCCAGAUCACCGGAAUGCAUGGCUGCAUGUUCAUCGAUAAGACUCGAGAAGGCGCAGUGUACCAGGAGACGCGCGAGGUGGUGACUAUCAACGAGUGGACGGACAGGAUCUACCAGAACACGAUGCAGGAGCACAUCAUCACCAACGUCGUCAGCGGACGCAAGAUGAGGAUACAGAAGUACAACUUCCCCGAUACUGUAAUCUGGAACCCAUGGGCGGAGUACGCGAAAGAGAUCCCUGACUUCGGCGACGACGAGUUCCCGAACAUGGUGUGCGUGGAGGCAGGCCGCGUCGCCGCGCCCAUUGUACUGCUGCCCGGCACCGCCUUCGAGGCCAGCCAGAUACUGCAGGUCGUUAUGUAA